CUCCUGCAGCAGCCUUUAACAUAGCCCAGCCUGCAUUUGCAUCACAGGCAACACAGGAUACACACUCACACACACAGGCACACACUGGUAUCCACUCAAUCAUAUCGCAAAACUGGAGUCGGAGUGAGGAAACAGAAUGUCAGGGAAGGAAGCGCCGAAGCCAGUGGGAAAGCAGAAUUCGCCUCGAGUCUGCAGAGCUCCUUUCUGAGCCUGUUCCACCAGAGGUCUGAGGGAGACGUUCGGACUCAGAACAGGAGAAAAUAUCUGAUGAUAGUUUUGGAAAUCGGCCAGGAAAACGAAAGGAGAAGGUAUUAGAUUUAUUUGAGUAGCAGAGAAACCUCAACCUACAUUUGGAUACCACCCUCGAGGAUCUGGAUUUUCACGGAGAGAAGACGUCCAUCAGGAGGAAAUUCUUCACAUUCUCUUUGUCUCUGACCGCUCACCGCUCCACAGGUCUCUCAGAGUCCCAUCCUCUGCUGCCUCUGACACAUCAGACCCAUAAACCGCAAAGAACAUGAGUCUGUCACGGAACGGCACGCUGGAGAAGACAAUCUCCGAGCGGGGCUCCCCGUCCAGAGCGGGGUCAGGGGUCGUGGUGCCGCCGCCGUACUCUCUCGGGAGCAGCGAGGCCGCCGACAGCCCCCUGGAGCUGAGGGGCUCUCUGGACUGCUGGGCCUGCUCCGUCCUGGUCACUGCACAGAACAUGAUCAUCGCGCUGAUCAACGCCACGCUGGCCAGCAUCGUGUUCGGCGUCAUACUCACCCCUGCCCUCGUCAUGAUCAUAUUCGGCUUCCUCUGCCACUCCACGGUGCAGCCCCACGGAACCUCCCUGUACUGCUCAGACCUGCUGGAUGACACCGGCUGCGUGGCUCUGCUGGUCGUGGGCUUCCUGCUGCUCACCCCCCUGCUGGUCCUGGCCCUCGCCGCCUUCUGCCGCCUGGCCCGACACCUCCAGCUGGGCAUGUGUUUCAUCCCCUACAGCCGGGCCGUCUACAAGAACCUGCCCGCCUCGCGCCAGCGGCGGGGCGGCUCAGGAGGCUGCUGCGGCCAGCAGGGAGGCUCAGAGAGGGAGGGGAAGGGAAGCGUGUGGGUGUAGGAGAGGAGGGGAGGAUUUUUUUUUAUUAUUAUUAUUAUUUUAAAGCAAAUUUCCACUGUAUUUCUUUUUUCUAAAGCCAUUGUAAAAAUCCAUCACAUUUCAUCAUCUAUAGUCAUCAUCAUGUCUAGGAGUCAAUAUUGCAUUUUUUUUGUGUACAAUUUCAAUGUUUUGAAUGUGUUUUUUAACUUUUUUUUUUUUUUUUUUACAAUUAAGUGUCACUGUAUCUGUUAAAACGUUGUGUGUUACACCUGUAAGAGAAAAAGGUGACAUAAAUAGAGUGAAUGGGUAACAUGCCAAGUUACAGUAAGUUUGUGGAUAUAGACUGUAUGCAUGUAAAGGUGCAACAUUUAUGGAACCACCGUUUCCUCAGCGUUUCUUCGUGGUGCUUAUCGAUAAUCUCACGUCCAAACUAGUCACAGCUAUCAGUUUUCAUGCCAACAUCUAAAUGACUGUUCACAUGGAGCUGCACAUGCGCUGUCUGGUUCAUGAGUUCUCUCGCCUCUUUAUUCACACCAGCUGUAUGAGUCCUACUCAGGAGCAGCAUGCAGAGAUGACAGCUUCACGGUAACAGUUUCAUCAUCACUUCCACACAUCAGAGAUAAAUUAUAAUAAAGUACUUGAUGUAUUAUUCAUAUAACUUUUUUUUUUUUUUUUCCGAGAAUGUGUUCUUUUAACCUAAACUUAGAGGAGUUUGGAUACAUACAUUGCCCUCUGGUGGUGACUUGUAGGAAUUGCAUAUAUAUAUUUUAUAUUCCAAAUUACACAAUGCAGUUUAGCAAAUCCACAGGUCUUGAUGUUGAAUGUACUUAAAUAAAGAUGUCAGUCUUUUUUAACGUAUUUUGAAAUGAUAAAUACAUGAAUAGAUCUCG